GCGGCGCCACCACUACCGCGCGCCUCCACCGAGUCAUCUCCCGUUAAACGAACUGUACCCAGCAAAAUACACCUGAUUAUGACCACCAUGCAUUGCGUCUCGGGAAAUAAUCCCUCAGCCGUUGCGUUCUUGUAAACUGUUGAAGCAGUUGCCAUUGCUUGUUCUAAAGUUUUCCAUCGCGCGUGCAAUCAGAAACAAUUACUUUAACGUUCGUUCAGGAGAGAGGUGUUUUUACAAACUCUUUGUGUAAAAUCAGCACAUGCUGUAGAAACCCAUUAACAGCGAUGACGUGGCGCGUGUGGGUGCUCCUGGCCGUGGCAUGCCUCGCCGCCGCCGACGAGGCCAGCGACCCCGAAGGGCUGCGGGAGACACCAGUGUCUGGCAGCAGUGACGCCGAGUACUCGGUGUACGUCGGCAAAUGGACGGAAUGUGUGCCGCUCGCUGAGGGCGAACACGCCGCUAGAACAAAUAAAAGACUGGACGUGUCGGACUCGCUGGUGCACACUCCCCGGUUGGGGGUGCAGCGCCGCCCCGUGCAGUGCCGUAGGAAGGACGGACGGUUCGUCGAGGCUAUGUUCUGUGGUCCCCCACUGCUGUCAGUGAGCACGAGCCGGGUGUGCGUGGUGCGCGAGGAGUGUUCCCUGGCCGAGUGGCUCCCGUGGCGGCCGCGGGCCGACGGCGCGCUGGUGCGGACGCGACGGGUUAGGCGACUGCCGCAAGGUGGAGGCAAGGAAUGCGACAUAGUGGAGGAGAUCCGUCUGACGGCGCUGGAGUCCUCAGCCCACUGGGUGGCGGGCGCGUGGGGCGCGUGCCGCGUGGCCGUGGAGCAGGUCGCCGCCAGGACCCCCCCCGACCACGACGACACCGACGACGACAUCUACUCGGAAGACGACGACGAGGCGGCGGAGUACUUGGACGACAAGGCGGCGGCGGCGGCGUGCGGCGGCGGCGUGCAGCGGCGAGACGCGACGUGCGUCCGGUCUGACGGUAGAGCGCUGCAUGCCGCGCAGUGCGCUCAUGCGCCGAUGCCGAAGCUUGUGCAGCCUUGUGAGGUACCAUGUCCACGGGACUGCGAGGUUGGAGAGUGGAGCGAGUGGGGAGCGUGUCAGCCGACCGAUGGAUGUCCUUUGUAUCCUGUACAACAGCUUACUACUACUGGCUACAGCGUCCGGCGACGCCGCGUAACCACGGCAGCAUCCCGCGGGGGCGCCCCCUGCCCGCCUCUAGAAGAGAAGCGCUCGUGCGCCGCGCCGCGUUGCGCCUCGUGGCGAGCGCUGCCGUGGGGCGCCUGCGUGCUCACCCAGCCGCACACUGCCUGUGGACCGGGGAGGCGGACCAGGGAGCUGAGAUGUGUGGGGCAUGAUGGGAAGGAAGCCCAGCGCGCGUGGUGCAGCGGCACGGGCGCGCCGGCCCGCUCGGAGCGGUGCCGCAUCGCGUGCGCCGGCGACUGCGUGGUGUCCUCGUGGGCGCCCUGGUCCCCUUGUAGUGCGCCCUGCAGCAGCCCCGGCCUGCCCCCGCCCACCAGGACUAGGCGGCGGCACAUACUGGCUCAUGCUUCUCCUAACGGCUGGCCCUGCCCCUCCCCUGAACAACUGGUGCAGCAAGAAGCGUGCAACUCACACGCGUGCGCGGCGUACUCGUGGCUCGCCACGCCGUGGGGGCCGUGCGAGCGCCGCACCGACGACUUUAUGCCAUCCAGCAACUACACUGACUUCUUGGACGGGGACACAUUCAACGAGAGUGACGAAGAGGAGCCGUGCAUCGAGGAGGGAGAGAUGACGAGGGAGGUGAUGUGCGUGCAGAACAAUGCCGACGUCGUCAGAGAAGCUCUUUGCGUUCCCCUCCGUCGCCCGGAGUCCCGCCGAGCCUGCACUGUGCGGUGCAAGCGCGGCUGCCGAGUGGAGGCCUGGCUGCCCUGGUCUACCUGCCCCAACACUUGUGAUCCCGGCAAACAAGUGCGCAUGCGCAAAGUGUACGGCGGCCCCAACUGCGGGCCGGUGCAGGAGACGCGCGACUGCCCGCUGCCCAAGACCUGCAAGUCGCGUGACGCCGCCUGGGUCGCCGGCGAGUGGACCACGUGCCGCCUGCCGCCGGGGGUGACCUGUGGCGAUGGGUUCAGAGUUCGGAGUAUCUGGUGCGGCUCAGAGUCUCACCGCGUAGAGUCGGGCUCGUGCGCGGGGCAGGCCGUGCCGGUGAGCGCGGCCGCCUGCCACGUGCCGUGCGGGAGUGUCGCGCCGCUCACUUGUGCCACUGUGUGUGCUGAUCCCUUGAAAUAUCUGGAUUCAUCUGACCCUGAUACCCCGGAGUGUAUUUGCAAGAACGUGUCCCUAGAACUUCUGCCGGCCGACUCUGACUGCAUCCUUCCACCUGGUCUGGAGUGCGGAGAGGGGCGGACGCUGCGAGCCGCGCGGUGCAUGGUCGACGGGAGAGAUGUCCCCAUGGACGUGUGCAAGAAGUUCCAUCCUUUGACAGGCCCCCGCCGCAUCCGUGAAGCAUCAACCGACGGUUUGACCUACGACAGCGAGUUCCCGCUGCUGCUGCGCGGCGCGUGCUCUGUGCAGUGCGCGCGCGACUGCGCCGUGGGCGCGUGGGCCGAGUGGGGCCCGUGCGCUGCUGAACCGGGGUCGCUCUCCGCGUUCCGGUUCCGUACUAGGGAGGUGAUAGAAGAGGGCACAGCGGGCGGGCGCGAGUGCGGCGCCACACUGCAGCGGGCGACGUGCGCGGUGUCGGCCCCGCGCUGGUUGACGGGCGACUGGUCCGUGUGCGCGCCGCGACGGGCACUCUGCGGCCGCGCUAUCAUCAACAGGACUGUCACGUGCGUGGAUUCGGAAGGCAAACGCCUAGACGACAGCGAGUGCUCGAACGCGGGCCCCAAGCCGGCGCACGAGGCGGCGUGCCGCGCGCCCUGCCCCGGCGACUGCGUCGUCAGCGCCUGGUCCGAGUGGAGCCCUUGCGAACAGACCAAAUGGGGUGGUCGUCGUGACCGCACGCGCGUGGUGCUGCGGCCGGCGGCGGAGGGCGGCGCGGGGUGUCCCACGCUCGUCAGCGGGGAGCCCUGUUCGCCGCACGCCUACUCCUGGCAUGUCGCGCCGUGGGACGACUGCCAACCACUGGGCGGUUCUCCUUGCGGUGAAGGAAUAAAGAAGAGGUCAGUCCGUUGUUUACGCAGCGAUGGCGUGUUUGUCAACGAUUCUUUCUGCCCUAACACCACAGCGACGGAAGCGCGCGAGUCGUGGUGCUACGUGCCGUGCGGCGUGGACUGCGAGCUGAGCGAGUGGAGCGACUGGGACACGGCCGCGUGCUCGUGCGGAGACGCCUCCUCCACCAGCCACAUGCGACGAACUAGGCAACAACUAACAUCAGCUGAAUGGCCUGGCCGAGCUUGUGGGUCGAAGGAGCAGCGCGCGCCGUGCCCGCGCGUGCCCUGCCUGCGCCUCGUGUCCCGACCGCUGCUCGGGUGCCAUGUGCAGUCAUCAGCCGGCGACGCAUCCCACGCGUGCGGGUGGGGCACCCGCGUGUCCCUCGCUCGCUGCUCCAUCUCCAACUCGGACGCUGAGCCGGCGACCGCCGCGCUGCAGCCGUGGCGGUGUGCUGCGGCCCUACCCGGACGGAUCAUUGCACCGCCUACGCAUUAUCAGGAGGAGCCGUGUGAAGUGGAAUGUGGUUGCUCAGACGCGGGCGCAGACGGCGCGGCGGCGGCGUGGGGCCCGUGGGGGCCGUGCCGCGAGGGCGCGCGCUCCCGCACCCGGCAACUGCUGGUGCCGCCCAAGAAACCUUGCACUACCACUUCCAGAUUCGUAACAAUCGAGUGGUCGAACUGCACGGAGGUGGACGACGACAUCUCGGCGCUGCUGGGGGACAAGCCGCGCCGCGCCUGGCUCGACCACGAGGUCUACCACGACGGGUAUAUCGAGGGUAGCAGUUCCCUGCUGGCCAUCGUGUGGACCGCCACGCUAGUCCUCUGCUUCUACGGAGCGUUCAUUUUGUACCGUGGAGUUAUUGCUUGUCUCCGAAGCCGAAAGCUAAAAUCUAUUACCAAAGUCUAAACUGUAUAGUACCCACCACUCAUUUUUGAGAGCUAAGUCUAGUCAUAAUCACCAAAGAAUUGGAAUUUUGUUGAAUUGUAACAGUCACUACUACUAUUUUAUUCAUAGUAUUAUUGGUAAUCUGUUAAUUUAAGACAAUGUUAAAGUUAAAUCACAAACAGAUUUGAAGAAUACCCGUUUUGUUCAUAUUAACCUUUUCUAGUAAAAUAACGUGUACCAAAGCUUAAAUAAUAUCACUGCAGCUGUAAGCGACCAUAUCAUAGAUUUCCAGAUUCUACUUUUACCUAAAUACAAUAGUUCUAUUAUGAUAUUCACCCUGUUUGUAAAAGAUUAGUGACGUAUUUUAUGGAAUCAAACAAACAAAAAAUAGUCAUAAAACAGUCUGUCCGCUGGAGUGCUUCCAAGUUUUUACGGCAUAAUGCUACUUUAGACGGUUUUAUAAAUAUUCCAACUAGUGACACCUAUUGACUAUUGGCAUCUGUAGGUACGGUUAGGGAAGGUGUCUAUAAAUUGAGCAGUUACUUAUUGAAUUAGGGCUUUUGGAUUGACAAUAUUUUAUUGGAUAUACGCGGGAGUCGUUGC